GGCCUGAUCUCGUCGAUCGUUCGGGAUCGGUAGCACUCAUCGCUUGUUGUCAAUUCUAUUCACGCUCGCAAUCCAAGUCGAUGCAAUCCAUCGAACACCCAUCACUCGUGUCGCACAGCCCACAGCGAAGGCUCUGCUCGCGCAUGGAGGACGUCCUUGCGUCUUUGAGGCUGCAAAGCGAAGAAGUAGGGACCAGCCUUUUAGUCGUGUCGCGAUGGAAUGUCUUGGAGCAGUGCAUGGCUAUCCGAUCAUUGUGUGGUGAAGCUACCAAAGGGUGUAGAUACAAAAAGGCGGACGCACAUGGAGAAGCGGAAAGCAAGCGGGCGGGACGGCCCGAUGUACAAGGGAAAAACAUAGCUGUCCACAAAGGGGAAGAACAAGAGGGAGCCAGCUCGCGAGACCGCGUCUUGCUGGCACGAGAAAUCAUGUUUGCUAGCUGGUCGCGAGGUGAUAUAUUGGCGACACGGCAGCCAGCAGCUGUAGUUCACGUUGUGCAAGAAGAUGGAAAAUUGCUGCGCGGAGCGAUGAGGCAUAGACGUGAGGUCUCAUAAUCAAGCAGCGCAUGCCUAACAAUCCUUGGCCUCGUUCCUCAUCUGAGCGUGCCGCUUCUUCAAGGGCCAGCCGAGCCGUGCAGGUCAGCCACUGUGUUUGCAAGUGUCUUGAUCCAAGCCUCGCGAGAGCUUUUGCUUUGGGUUGUGAAAGCCUUGACCGCUUCAAGGCGCACCCAUACUGGACACACAGAAGC